GGGGGCGCGGGGCCCCCGGUUCUCUGCCCGCCGGGCCCGGGGCCGCCCCCCCGGCGCGUUUCCGGGGCGGGCGAGGGGCUUCCUGCGGGGGGGCCGCGGCCGCCGCCGGCCCCGUUCUGCUUCCGGCGCGUCCCGGGCAGCCGCCGGGAUGAUCAACGCCGUGCUGGUGUUCAACAACCACGGCAAGCCGCGCCUCGUCCGCUUCUACCAGCACCUGGCGGAGGAGGUGCAGCAGCAGCUCAUCAGGGAGACCUUCCACCUGGUGCUCAAGCGCGAUGAGCACAUCUGCAACUUCCUGGAGUGCGGCAGCCUGUUCGGCGGCGCUGACUACAAGCUGAUCUACCGGCACUACGCCACGCUCUACUUCGUCUUCUGCGUGGACUCCUCCGAGAGCGAGCUGGGCAUCCUGGACCUCAUCCAGGUGUUCGUGGAGACGCUGGACAAGUGCUUUGAGAACGUCUGCGAGCUGGACCUCAUCUUCCACAUGGACAAGGUUCACUACAUCCUGCAGGAGGUGGUGAUGGGCGGCAUGGUCCUGGAGACCAACAUGAACGAGAUCGUGGCGCAGGCAGAGGCCCAGAACAAGCUGGAGAAGGCGGAGCAGGGAGGCCUCUCGGCCGCUCCAUCCCGCGCCGUGUCGGCCGUGAAGAACAUCAACCUGCCAGAGAUCCCUCGCAACAUCAACAUCGGAGACAUCAACAUCAAAGUGCCCAGCCUGUCCCAGUUCAUGUGAGCGGCCCGAGGCGAGGAGGGACCACGGCCUGGGCUCGCUCUGGCAGGGGGGCGCCGGUGGCCGCUGGGCUCCCCGUGCCUGCCCGGGGCUGGCAGAGGGCAGAGAGCAGCCGUGGGACCCGAUGAGAGCGGAGCCGUGUCCGUCACCCCAGGCUGAGCCGUGCCCUCUGGCCGCCCAGCAAGGGUGGCUCUUCUUCCUCGCCCUCCCUCCGCGGUGGGUGCGCAGCCUCUCCUCUCUGUGCUGGGCACAGCCGGGUCCUGCCUCCUCCUGGGAUCGUUCCUUGCAAAGCCACCCCUGUAGCUGAUGGCUCCGGGAGGAGCUGUAGGUUGUCCUGCUUCUCUGCCCGCCCUGGGCUGGACGGCUCCGUGCCCUGCCCGGUGGCUCCAUGCCCACCCUUGGGCCUGGUUGGGGCGGCACGGGGGCACCCCCUGAGGGGCACAGUGUUGGGGGGGGAGGGCGUUGGGGAGCUGUGCGCUGCCUCCGGGACCCCUGCCAAACGCUGCGGGGGGGCAGGUGGGGCCUGUCCACAUGCCCCUGCUGUGCCCAGGACAUGUGCAUGCUGAGAGCGUGUCCUUCCUCCUAAUAAACCACUGUGAGAACCUGUG